CUGUGAUGGAGGGUUUGGGGACAAAAAUAGCCUCAGUGGUGUGGCUUGUGUUCGCAGAGUAAUGUCCUGGGUACGCUAUACUAUUAGGGGAGGCAGCCUGUAUCUUUAAUAACCUACGUUAGUACCUCAUUCUACAGAACACGUCGUAACAAAAUGGUUAUAAAAGUAUUUCUAGCUUCUUCAUCAGGAUCGACAGCGAUCAAAAAGAAGCAACAGGAUGUGCUUGGGUUCCUGGAGGCCCUGAAAGUGGACUACGCUCCAUUGGACAUUGCCUGCAAUGAGGACAACCGCAUGUGGAUGAGGGAAAAUGUCCCUGUGGAGAAAAAGCCCACCAACGGGAUCCCUCUACCCCCUCAGAUCUUCAAUGAAGAGAGCUACUGUGGGGACUACGAGACAUUCUUUGAUGCUAAAGAAGACAAUGCAGUGUAUGCCUUCCUGGGUCUGCCACCUCCUCCAGGAUCCAAGGAAGCGAAAGAGGCUGAAAAGGCAUUUAUCCUUGAGAAUGGGCCUGUUAAAAAUGGGACUGUUGAGAAUGAGACCGUUGAGAGUGAGACCGUUGAGAACGGAACUGAUGAUGCUGAGGAUGAAGAGAACCUUGAAGCUGAGGAGGUUGAGGAGGAGAACCUUGAUGAUGACUCACUAAAAAGAGAGGUUCCGAUGGACUUCAAUGGAGAUGAACACACACAUGAGGUGGGAGGAGAAACAGGAGAGGAGGCAGCAGAAGAGGCCGCAGAAGAAGACGCCGCCACAGAAGAGAAGGUGGCAAAGGAGGAGGAGGAGGCGGUCAAAGACACAGAGGAAGCCGCAGAAGACACUAAGGCCCCCGUGAAGCAGGAAGAAGCCCAGGAAGAAGUAGAGGAUGAUGAGGCUAAGGGAGAAGACGAUCAGCCGGUUUCUGAGGGAGAAGAGGAUUUGGGGUCGGAGGAGGAAGAAGAGCUGCGACAGCUUGAGGAAGAAGAAGAGGCCCCAGAGGUAACAGAGCAGGAAGAAGAGGACGAGUAGUUACAGCCAGGAAAGGUUUAGGAUGUGAUUUACUACUGCCCAGCCUAGAGAGACCCCCUGUUCCGAUCCUUCCUGACCCCCCCCGACCCCUCAGACCGUCCCACACCCAUCCCACUACCCACGAUGCCCCCACCUGCUCACUGGGAAUGCACAUGUCCCCCUGCUGGACCCUGCUGGCUGAAACCUGCCAAUCACACACUGUCUGUACGGCCACCCAUACUCCAGAGAUAACCCCCUGUUUUACCAGAUGUUUAUAUUGCGUAGGGGACUAGGACUAGAGAAGAUGUGUUGCUGUACUUCAUUUGUAUAAUGUUGUUAGUUAUGGUAGCUUCCAUCCAGUGUGUAGCUCAAUUACAUAGUGUUAUCAGUUUGGUUUUUUCAGCAGCUUUUCUAAAUGUACAUACACAGUCAUAUGUUAAGCGUUUUAAAGAUUUCAAACAUACUUCUCAUGUUUCAAAUUGAAAAUGGUAGUUUUAUACCACAGUUUGUAUAGGAUGAUGAGCAUGUCACCACCAACAACUUAGCAGUCAAUGACGGACAGCUAUAACCCUGUAAGUAUAUGAGUGAAGAUCACUCUACUGUGAACUGCAACCAGUGAAUGGACUUAUAAUCUCAGACUGAAACAGAUCUAUCAAUGCAGUGUCUCUCACUCGAUGCCAGCAAAGAUGUUAGAUCUAUAUGUGUGAAUGCAGCCCAGUGACUCUAUGUCUCAAUCCAACAUGAGAAAAACCCUUGUGUAGGGUUUCCACUAGCUUUCAUAGCCACAAAGUCAGAUUCCACAAAUUGCUUUUGGUCUUACUUUAAGGUUAGGCUUAAGCAUAAGGUUAGCAGUGUGGUUGGGUUGGGUAAAAUAUUAAUUGUAGAAAUGGGCGGGGUUUAGCCAUAAUUAUGACUUUGUGGCUGUGGAAACUAGUGACAACCCUCAUGUAGCGUGCUUUAUGACUGUGUUUGCAGCUACUGGACACCAGUCACUGAACGUUACUGUCUGCUGAUCUACUGUGCACUUUGUUGAAUGUAAAAUGAAGUGGAUGACUAAGAGAUCCCCCUAGAUGUAAGAGAAGUGAAAUGCCAAUAAAGUUGAUGGUGUGAACAGCU